ACCCUCCCCCUGAGGCCGCGGUCGCAAUUACGCUCCCUACGGCCUGCAGUCGGCGGGCAGCCGUGAACUGGAGAAAUGCCGCUAACCGACACCGGAGCACCGCUAGGCCAAAUGCGUGGGCCACGUCGGAACCCAGAACGCUUCAGCGCCGGAGACCAGACAGAGGAAACGAAACAGGCGGGAACUGGUGGGGGAGGGAGACAACGAACGGAAGGUGUCAUGGCGGCCACGCUCUGGGGUCACGUGUCCUUCAAGCGCCGCCUUAGCACUUCCGGUCACGUGCCCUCAGAGACCUCGCAGCCAGCGAUGGAGGCGAGACCCCCCAGUAACAGAGGCGGUGGCGACGGCUGCAGCCGCUGGGUUUCAACCUCUUUACAGCAGCGGCUGUAAGAAGCGCAGUGAAGCGCGACCAAAUUCAACUAAGUUACUCCUUGCCGGAGGCUGAAUCUUCCACCCGCACCUUAAGCCAUCAUGGCGACCUCAUCUGAAGAAGUUUUGCUGGUCGUAAAGAAGGUGCGCCAGAAGAAACAGGAUGGAGCUCUGUACCUCAUGGCAGAAAGAAUCGCUUGGGCACCUGAAGGCAAAGAUAGAUUUACAAUCAGCCAUAUGUAUGCAGAUAUUAAAUGCCAGAAAAUUAGUCCAGAGGGAAAAGCUAAAAUUCAGCUUCAGCUGGUCCUUCACGCAGGGGACACAACAAAUUUCCAUUUUUCCAAUGAAAGCACAGCAGUGAAAGAACGUGAUGCAGUAAAGGAUCUUCUUCAGCAGCUACUGCCCAAAUUCAAGAGGAAAGCGAAUAAGGAACUGGAAGAGAAAAACAGAGAACAUAAAGAUGCUGAACUGUUAGAAGCUGAUGUCCGGCCCCAAACAGAUGGCUGUAAUGGUUUGAGAUAUAAUUUAACUUCUGAUAUCAUUGAGUCCAUUUUUAGGACCUAUCCAGCAGUAAGAAUGAAAUAUGUAGAAAAUGUUCCUCACAGCAUGACAGAAAAGGAAUUCUGGACACGUUUUUUCCAGUCUCAUUAUUUUCAUAGGGACCGGCUAAAUACAGGGUCAAAGGAUCUAUUUGCAGAAUGUGCCAAAAUAGAUGAAAAAGGGUUAAAAACAAUGGUUUCAUUAGGAGUGAAAAACCCACUACUAGAUUUGACAUCUUUGGAAGAUAAACCAUUAGAUGAGGGCUAUGGCAUUUCGUCUGUGCCCUCUACUUCCAAUUCUAAAUCCACCAAGGAGAGUAGUAACACUGCCAUCAUCAAGAGGUUCAACCAUCACAGUGCCAUGGUCCUGGCAGCAGGUCUCAGGAAACAAGAAGCACAAAAUGAACCAAAUGGGGAACCCAACCGCAUGGAUGGAAGUUCUGGAGAUGGAGACUGUUUUCAACCAGCAGUCAAAAGGACGGUGCUGGCUGAAAACAAUUCCCUCAGGUAUUACCACGGUCCAACUCCAAUCCAGUCAGUGCAGUAUGCUACAAGUCAGGACAUUAUUAAUUCUUUUCAAAGUAUUAAACAGGAAAUGGAAGCUUAUACACCCAAGUUAACUCAGGUUCUCUCAAGCAGCGCUGCUAGCAGUACCAUCGCAGCGCUGUCACCGGGAGGAGCACUUAUGCAGGGAGGGACACAGCAAGCCGUAAGCCAGAUGGUGCCAAAUGAUAUUCAGUCUGAACUGAAACACUUGUAUGUGGCUGUUGGAGAACUUCUUCGACAUUUCUGGUCCUGCUUUCCUGUGAAUACACCAUUCCUAGAAGAAAAGGUAGUAAAAAUGAAAAGUAAUUUGGAACGAUUCCAAGUCACAAAGCUUUGUCCAUUCCAAGAAAAAAUCCGGAGACAGUAUUUAAGCACAAAUUUGGUAAGUCAUAUAGAAGAAAUGCUGCAGACGGCCUACAACAAGCUCCACUCGUGGCAGUCACGGCGCAUGAUGAAAAAGACGUGAGGUGUCCGUGGCACUCACAGGUUUUGUGAGAUUGCAAAAACCGUGACCUGCAGGGACUCUGGAAACCUGGCCUGACAUGCAGAUGACCACCAAUGAGUAACAAGAAACAUCUGCACCACAGCAACUCCCAGAGCUGAUGCUGUUGUAUUGCACAUUGAGAACUGACGGGAAGGAAGGGACCGUGCUGCAGCUAAACUCUGGGGAGGUAAAUUAAGGCAGAACCAAAAUGAGCUGAGUUGCAAAUAUAUAUGUAUAUGUGUGUACAUGUAUAUGUGUACAUAUAUAUGUAUUUAAAGACUGUUUACUGCAGUUACUCAGGAACUGCUUUUGAUUCACAUUAAGCUGCUUUCAGAAAUCUAAAAAUACACUUUUAAAGGGUGCGUUGAAAAAAAAAUCUGAGGUUUUUUUUGGUUUUGUUUUGUUUUUCUGUGUAAAUUUUUUCCUCAGUUAUGGCACAGGGUAGUCCUUAAGUGUUUCUCCCCCAUCCUCUACUUGCAUCCCCGAGUUUUUCUGAACUCCAGCUGUACCUUACAUCAGCAGGCUACCGAGAGUAAUCUCCAGUAAGGCCGGGGGAGACUGUUGUCAGCCAACAGGAGACGGUUGUAGUCAGACAACACCAUUUGGUCCUGUGUUUCCUACGGAAAUAAGUAACGUAAAUAAUUGCACUGAAUGUGGUUGGAAUCCCUAAAUAAAGGGAAUAUUUGCCGAAAGUCAUGUGGGUUCUAAUGCAGAAUUUUGUCAGAAGACAAUAGCGCUGCAUGUUUUUCUUUGAGUGCAAAUGUAUAUUGCUAAGAUUUUUUUAAAGAUGGCAUGUGCUUUGAAAAGAGGAGAUUGCAUUUUUAAGAGUUUAAAAAUCUUACAAGUAAGAAAUAUAAAAAAAAAGUCUUACUUAUUUUCACCUCUUUAGAAGAAAUAAAAGAUGUUUCUCAUAUCUCCUUUUCUCUGGCAUCUGACUGUUACUGUCCUUGGCGUACCGAUAAUCAUUGCAUAGUGACUUAAAAAGCCUAAAUGCAAAAAAAUACAUGUGUGUGUUUUUAUUUCUGGAAUUCGUGCCAUACUUUGUUCCUAUAGGACCAACCAUUACUUACCUAAGACUUUAGAUGUUUGUAUUA